UGUCGAAGGACUGUUCAAAGACUGAGGAUUUUGUUGUUGCAGCUUAUCGAUGGCUAGCUAGCUAGCUAGCUAACGUCAGCUAGCUACAGUACUGUAACUAGCUGGACCCCGGAAAGUCACCGACUUAUCAUCAUGCGAUCUAGUGUCGUGGGAUAGCUAGCUAGCUGCUGUACCUUCUACUAUUGGAUAACCAACAGCUAACGUUAGCUAGAUAGCGAACUAUUUUACAAGGAGUGCAUUUGUUUAGGCAGAAAUGCGCGCCGCUGUCUUUCUGGCUAUGGAUGAACAGGAUAAAGUGGAGAAUAAAACUCCACUUGUCAAUGAAAACCUGAAGAAAUGUCUUGAUACAAAGGAUGGACGCCUGGUGGCCAGCCUCAUCAUAGACUUUCUACAGGUCUUUCACCUGGACUUCACGCUUGCUGUCUUCCAGCCAGAGAUAAACUCACUAAAUGGCCUAGACAGCCGUGAGCAGGUCUCUUGUGAGCUGGAUAUCACCGAGACUGAUAUGAACAGGAACACUCCUCUCCUGCUGGAGCUCGUCAAGCGGGGCAGACACAAGGAGAAGGCCUCCAUCUUCUCCGAGGGGGACAAAGCCACAAACAUCCCCAAGGAACUAUCCCCCAGGCAAAUAGCAGACGCCCGGAAGAAGUUUGAUGUUUAUGACAAGGCCAGAACUGGUGGGAUACUCAAAGAGGAUUUGAAAGUUGUGUUUGGAGAUGUUUUCCCCAACUUCAACAAGAACAUGCUGGAGAAGUUUGUCACUGAUGAACAUAGAGUUGGAGACAAGGCCUCCAGUAAAUCUAUAGACUUCCAGGAGUUUCUGGGCUUGUACAAGCGCUUCUUCAGUCAGUGCCGAAGUGUGGUCACCCAUGACACCUGUGAUGUAAUUCACAAUCCCAGUCAAUUUAUUGAGGAGAAGAAAAGCACUUCACCGCCGAGUAAGAUCCCCAGGUUUAAAGGACAUAGGCACAGUGCACAGGCGGAGAAGGCUGACAUCAAGGGCGUGGAGGUCAGUCACAGCCACAGUGACACCAGCCUGCGCUUUGGCUCUCUCAAGGGCAAAGGGCCGGGUCACGUGACGCCAAGGCACAGCGAGGUGUCCGGGGACAACGACAACGGCCCCACGGCGAGCCUGAAGAAGGGGCUGGACCUGGAGGUGGAAGAGGACCUAGACGAGGACGACUCGUUCUUUGACGACCCUCUGCCUAAACCACAGAAAACCUACGGCUGUAGUAACCUUCCCCUGGCUAAGAGUAAUUCAGGGGCCAGUCUCUCUGAAAAGAGAAACGGUCAGAAAGACUUCGUCCGCUCUCUGAGGGAGGAGGGCCUCUCAGGGCGCUCCUUUAACCCAAUGAGGAGGGGCACUAGCCUCAAUGACCUGUCUGCUCUGGGUAGUGACACAGAGGGCGAUGGGGACGAGCUCUUUUCUGACUAUGAUAAUAAACGGAGCUGCUUGGAGCACAGGAGAGCAGCAGAUUCGGACCCGCCCCCCCAGAGGAGUGCUGCAGGUGGGGGGUUCCACUCAGGAGAAGCCCAUCACAGAGACCUCUCAGGCAGCAAGAACGAUGACGACUACGGCGAUGACUUUAACAGCAGCCAUCGAUCAGAUAUCUCCAAGAGUGAGGUGAGCAUCGGAGAAGAGAUCGAGGAGGUUUCCAUCGAGGGACCCGACAACAGCGAUAAGUUUGAUGAGAUCACUCAGGACCUGAGCGUAUCUCAGCUCAGCCAGAGUCAAGGAGCUGACUACAUGGAGGAGGUGGCAUGACAAUCCCAUCAGCCUUACACCACAAAGGCCAUUUCUACUACGUUAGCUAUUAUUUAUGUUAUGUGUGCACAUAAUUUGCGUACAUUUUGUGUUCAUGGAUCUAAUAAAAUUACCACUGUCAUUGUGCUCUACUUUUUUUUUAUUGGUUUAGUAUACAGGUGACUGUAAAGGAUCUGAUGGGUGACAUGUUGAGACAUCAAUGACAUCUUAAGUCAAUCUGAAACCGCAAUGCGGGGAGCUUACUGUAAUCUGUGCUGUGCCAUUGACAGUACCUGCAGGUGGUUGGCUGUUUAGAUGUCAUCCUACUUGCAGACCACUGCAAAAUGGUUCCAUACUUAGUUACUAGUGAAAUCUAGUGAAAUGUCAACUUUUGAUACCUGUCUGUAUAACUUUCAAUUUUAUGCAGAGGAUGUAGACAGCCAUGUUAUUAAUCAUAGUAGAUCAUGACAAUGAUGGUAUGCAAGUACAUUAAAUAGCUUUAUUGCACAACUCUUCA